AUGCCGUACACUAGUGUGAACUCUAGACAGUCCUCUCUUAGCUCUGGUCAAGUAAGUCCCAUACGGGAGGUCUACCCCAUGGGCUCAACAAAACGCACACCAAUUAUAUGCGCUCUCAAUAUAGUUCUCAAUUCCACUGAUUCUGACAUUCCCAAUAAUGUUGGCAUUGAUUCGAAUGUCAAUCUUCUUCAAGAUCUAGACUUUAUGAGCGCUAAUACGGGUCCACCGAUGGCUGCUUUCGAUGCGAACAAUGUGUUGAAACCGAGUCCUCCGGUGGUAACACCGACUUCGCCACUGUCUGGAGGAAUGGCUUUUAACGCAUCUCUCCAAAGAAACACAUCGACGCCCAACUUAACAAUCUUAGAUCCUUUGGCACAAUUGGGUUCAUUCCUUACAUCGACGGUCACAACCACUGCACCAAACAUUCCACGAGUCAACUCGUAUUCCACAUUUCAAACGGCAAACCCUCCGAAGCCUGACUACAAUCGAAGCAAUUUUAACGAAGUCAAGAACACAACCACUUCUACCGCAUGUAAUGCUAAAGUAAUGGGCAAUGCUUUUGAAGAUCUUUUGGGAGGCUUUAAACCGACUCAAAACGAAACGACAAACAAAAGUAUUUCUCAAAUGAGAGACGAAGAAAUGCUCAAAGACGGGACAAUGGAUCCGAUGAGACUUAAAGUAAUGAAAUGGAAAGAAGGGAAGACCAGGAAUAUAAGAGCGCUGUUGUGUUCGCUGAAUGUGAUUAUAUGGGAGGGAUGUAAUUGGCAACCAAUAGGAAUGCAUCAAUUGGUGACCGCCAGCGAUGUCAAGAAGUUCUACCGCAAGGCGUGUUUGGCCGUACAUCCGGACAAA